AAAAAGCCCACAGGGUGCCCGACCCAAUCCUUACCACUCAUCACCUCCGACCUCCGCCUCUGUAAUCCCACCUCUAGUGGAACUCUGCAAGGUUUUGCGUGUCGCCUAUUUUUAGCCAGUGUAUGCUUUUCUUCAUUUCUUGUUCUUUUUGGGAUCUCCAAGAGGAUUCAUUUGCCUAUACAUCUUAAUGGAUAAAGAGGACAAUGCUGCUGGUGAUAAUGAAGAGGCUUCACAGUAUGCUCUCGCUGUGGGUCUUGAGGAUGACAUGAUGGAAGAUGAUAACGAAGAGGAUGAAGAAGACAUUGAGGAUGAUGAACAAGAUGGGGAAGUGGAAGAGGACGACAAUGAGGAUGAGGAAGAGACUACUCUCACUUUCAAAGAUGGGGUUAAUCCUUUGGAUCUCGUGGAAGAUGGUGCUUUUACUGACCAACUUUAUCAGAAAUUUGUGGGAAUGGAUUAUGAGGCUCUAGCUGAGAAAAAGCGAAAAGCACUUGUUGAUAACCGGCCUGGAGGUUCGGUAAAGAAGGUCAGGCAGGAUGAUCUUUCUGGAGCAAGCAUGGAGGAAAUUAUGGAGGCCAUGAAUUAUGGUAUGCAAAGGAGAUCAAGGAAGCGUAAGAAAAAAGGGAGGCGGAAAGGAUCAAGAAACAAGCUUACCCCUGAAAUUACUCGAAUGCUUGGUGAUGCUACUUAUCAUUAUGCUCUAGGCAGUUAUGAAGAGGCCAUACCCAUCUUGUCUGAAGUUAUUAUGAAAGCACCACAUUUGCCUGAUGCAUAUCACACGCUGGGACUUGUCCAUCACGCUCUUGGUAAUGAAAUGAAAGCCUUGAAUUUCUACACAAUUGCUGCACAUUUAGCACCAAGAGAUUCAUCUCUAUGGGAACUGCUUUUUGACUGGUUCAAUACACGAGGUAAAACUCCUAGAGCUAUUUAUUGCCUUUCAAGAGCAAUCACAGCGGAUCCUAAGAAUAUAAAUCUGAAAUAUUGCCGUGCUUCUCUCUAUGUUAAGGUUGGAGAUUACCGAAGAGCUGCCACAUCGUAUGAACAAAUAGUACAAACUUGUCCUGAUGAUGUUGAAGCACUCAAGACAGGGGCAAAUAUGUACAAACUAUGUGGUCAGCUUGAGCGUUCUGUUCAUAUUCUGGGGGAAUAUCUCAAAGGUCAUCCAACUGAGCCUGAUUUGAGCGUCAUUGAUCUGUUAGCUUCCAUGCUUAUGCAAAAUAAUGCACACAGUGAUGCUCUUCAGCAUAUUGAGCAUGCACGGUUAGUAUCUUGUUCUCAAAAAGAGCUGCCUUUGGAAAUGAAAGUUAAAGAAGGAAUCUGCCAUGCUCACCUUGGAAAUAUGGAGAAGGCAGAAAUGCUCUUUAAUGUUCUUGAACAGAAAAGUGCAGAUCAUGCUGAGUUAAUUACUAAAGUUGCAGAUUCAUUCAUGAGUCUUGAGCAGUAUAGUUCUGCAUUGAAGUAUUAUUUGAUGCUGAAAGGAACCGCAGAAUCUAAUAAUGGCUUUUUGCAUAUAAAAAUGGCUCGAUGCUAUUUGUCCUUAAAUGACAGAGCACAAGCAAUUUUGUGCUUCUACAAAGCUCUGAAGACACUCGAAAACAAUAUUGAUGCCCGAUUGACAUUGGCUUCUCUUCUUCUUGAAGAAGCCAGAGAAGAGGAUGCCAUUUCGCUGCUAUCUCCUCCCAACAAUCUUGAUUGUUCUGACCUCCAAACUGAUAAAUCAGAACCAUGGUGGUGCAAUGGAAAGGUGAAACUGAAGCUUUGCCAUAUUUACAGAGCUAAAGGGAUGCCUAAGGAAUUUGUGGAUACAAUCUAUCCUCUUGUGCGUGAGGCAUUAUGUAUCGAAUCACUUCAGCAAAAGGUGAAAGUGAAAAAGAGGCUCACAAAAAGUGUGCUGCUAGAAAGAGUUAAAGUUCUGAAUAACCACCAAACGGAUAACCUACUUUGUGGCUCUAUAUCAGUAACUCCGGCAUCAGAUAUGAGCAGAGCUAACAGAGCGAAGAAGCUGCUCGAGAAGAAGGCAAAAGUUAAGGAAGAAAAGAGAGCAAAGGCAAUGGCUGCUGGAGCUGACUGGCAAAGUGAUGAUUCAGAUGAAGAUCCUCCAGAGGAAAUACAUAAAGAAUCUCCCCUCCCGGAUCUUCUCAAGGAUAAAGAGAAUUAUGACCUCAUAAUAGAUUUGUGCAAAUCACUGGCUUCCUUGCAUAGAUAUUGCGAAGCAUUGGAGAUUAUAAAUCUUGCUUUGAAGGUGACUCGCAACAUAUCUUCUGUUGCUGAGGAACUCCGGUCUCUUGGAGCGCAAAUAGCAUACAACACUCCCGAUCCUGAGCAUGGGCUUGACUGUGUAAAAUACAUUGCAGACCAGCAUCCAUACAGCUAUGCUGCCUGGAAUUGCUAUUACAAAGUCAUUACCAGAUUUGAUGACUGGUAUGCAAGGCAUUUUAAGUUUCUACGUGGUAAGCGGGACAAACUCAAAGACUGUGCAGCUCCCAUGAUCAUUUCAGGGCAUCACUUGACAAGAAAAAGCCGUCAUCAAGAUGCUGCCAGAGAAUACCUUGAAGCUUAUAAGUUGUUGCCCGAGAAUGCCUUGAUUAAUCUAUGUGUUGGUACCGCCUUAAUCAACUUAGCACUUGGACUCAGACUUCAGAACAGGCACCAGUCUGUUGCACAGGGUUUAGCAUUCCUCUACAACAACCUGCGUCUUUGUGAAAACAGCCAGGAGGCUUUGUACAACCUAGCCAGGGCCUUCCACCACAUUGGCCUUGUGACUCUGGCAGCUGUGUAUUAUCAACAUGUUCUAGCAAUUCAUCAGAAGGAUUCCCCUCUCCCUAAACUUCCUCAUGAGAACCCGGAAUCUGCUGAGAAUCUAUUACCGGGUUACUGUGACCUUCGGAGAGAAGCAGCUUUCAAUUUGCAUCUUAUCUACAAAAAGAGUGGAGCAGUGGAUCUUGCUCGAAUGGUCCUUAGAGAUCACUGCACCUUUUGAGUAUGCAACUUCUAGAAAAUUAUAGUCCAGUUACCUUCUUUGAAAUCUUUAUAUCAAGAUGCUUGAUUUUUUUAAUUUAAGACUGAAGAAUCCGUUGGUUUGUUGCAGAAGAUAAAGGAUCCUCUUCUCAGAUAGUAUAACUGUAUUGAAUGAGAGGUGGCUUCCCGCUCCAUUCUCUGGUUGGCUUGAAAAUACUGAUUACCAUUCCAUGAGAAUAUAGGUUGGUGAUUUGUCAAAAGUUCACCAACAUAGCCUAAACCAGCUGAAGAAAGCGAGGAAAAUGCUACAGGGGAAGGUAUGUGACUGUAGCAACUUUCCCAUUGGAUGAUUGGAAGUGCAAUGCAGAAUUUAUCAGUUUGAGCACAGGGUGUGUUGGAUGAACUAUUCCAUAACCGAUCACUGUAAUUAUUCAUGUGCAAAGCCACAUCAACUGCUAUCUGUGGUUAAAAAUUGGUAAUCUGUGUAUAAUUUUCCGUAUUGAAACAGUACCACUGUAAUGGCUGUGAUUUUAGUAAAAUUAUAUCCAUUGGAAA